UACACAACAUGGCCUCUCACCACCGAUCCUCCGGUGGACAGGGGAAGAAAAAAGUUCAGGUAUCGUUUGUGAUCCGAGAUGAAGUUGAGCGUCAUCACAGGUCAGGGGUCAAUGCCCUCCAGUUUGAUCCUGUGUUUAACAGACUUUACUCAGCGGGGCGUGACUCCAUAAUCAGGAUAUGGAACACACGGGCGAACAAGGACCCAUACGUUUUAUCGAUGGAACAUCAUACAGACUGGGUUAAUGACAUAGUGCUGUGCUGUGGAGGACGAACAUUGAUUUCUGCAUCCAGUGACACAACAGUUAAAGUGUGGAAUGCUCACAAGGGUUUCUGUAUGUCUACCCUGCGGACACACAAGGAUUACGUGAAAGCUUUAGCUUAUGCCAAGGAAAAAGAGCAAGUGGCAUCGGCCGGACUUGACCGGUCAAUCUUCCUCUGGGAUGUCAACACACUUACAGCUUUAACCGCUAGUAACAACACAGUAACAACGUCCAGUUUAAAUGGGAACAAAGACUCCAUAUACAGCUUGGCAAUGAACCCUCCUGGAACGGUGAUCGUGUCGGGAUCGACGGAGAAGGUGCUCCGUGUCUGGGAUCCCCGAACCUGUCAGAAGUUAAUGAAGCUGAAAGGUCACACAGACAACGUCAAGGCUCUGGUGUUGAACAGAGAUGGCACACAGUGUCUUUCCGGGAGCUCUGACGGAACGAUACGCCUCUGGUCACUAGGACAACAACGAUGUGUAGCGACCUUCCGAGUUCACGAUGAGGGUGUUUGGGCUCUUCAGACAAAUGAAAGUUUCUCUAUAGUGUAUUCUGCGGGUCGAGACAAACGAGUUUGGGCUACAGAUGUCAGAAAUCCAGAAUACAGAGCUCUUGUUUGUGAGGAAAGUGCCCCUAUAUUAAAAUUGGAGUUAACUCAUACAGACCAGCCGUCUCUGUGGAUAGCCACCACCGAUUCCUGUAUUAAAUGCUGGCCACUACAGAAAAUCAGCACUAAACUAUCUGGUGGAUAUGACAACGAGGGCCUCGCUCCUAUGUACACACAGCCAGACUUCACAAUCAAAGGUGGACCAAGUAUACGGCAGUAUUUUGUUCUAAAUGACAAGCGCCACAUUUUGACCAAAGACACGGAAAACAAUGUGGCGUUAUGGGAUGUAUUAACGGCAAGAAAGAUGGAAGAGCUUGGGAAAAUUGAUUUUGAAGAAGAAAUCAAGAAACGCUUCAAGACCGUGUUUGUUCCCAACUGGUUCUCAGUGGAUUUAAAGACUGGGUUGCUUACCAUUCAUUUAGACGAAUCGGACUGCUUUGCUGCUUGGAUGUCUUCUAGGGAGUUAGGGGCAGGGCUAACACCAGAAGGAACAGACCCUAAAUUAAACAUUGGCCAGGAACUUCUACAGGCGCUGCUGGAACAUUGGCCCAAGACACAUGUCUAUGAUAACCAGGAGAGUAUGAAUGGUAUCAUGGAGAAGAGCCCAUCAACCCCAUUGUUCCAGGUCCCUGGCCACACACCGGUCAUAUUCUGUGAGAUUGGAGGUAGAACGCUGUUCAGGUUACUCUGUCGAGACGCUGCGGGGGAGACGGAACAGAUGUUACUUAAUGAAACAGUGCCCUCGUGGGUGGUUGAUGUUAUUGUACAUAGAAAUGCUCCAAAAUCGAACAAAAUUCCAUUCUUCUUACAACCACACCCAAGUACAGGGAUCAAAACGAUAAAGAAGGACAGACUAUCAGCCAGUGAUAUGAUCCAGGUGAGGAAAGUGAUUGAGCAUGUUUAUGAAAAAGUCUUGGGUCAAGGGUCAGAAAAUGGGUCACAAACCAAUAGUGCCAGCGGGGAGCGUGCAGAACCAGUCGAGAAAGAAGAGCCAGAUCUGUCGUCCGUGGCUGCGGAGAAAGUUGAGCUCAUAUGCAAUGAACAGAUUCUUGAUUCGAGUAUGGACUUACGAACCGUGAAACAUUUCUACUGGAAACAAACUGGUGAUCUGACUUUGCAUUACCGACCCUUAUAGAAGGAAUGACCCAGGUUGUCGACAACAGGUAACCUGUAAGGCUGUUUAUUAUUGACGGCUUUGGUAACGAACAGGACCAUGUGGCUUGAUGUGUGUUCAGAACACACAGUCUAUGUCCACAGAGCAAUGCAUCUACAGCAUAUAAAUUUCACGUCGGAGAAUGGCUCAGUGUCGAGCAUAUAGAUUUCACGUCAGAGAACGGCUCAGUGUCAAGCAUACAAAUUUAACGUUGGAAACGGCUCAGUGUCAAGCAUAUAGAUUUCACGUCAGAGAACGGCUCAGUGUCAAGCAUAUAGAUUUCACGUCAGAGAACGGCUCAGUGUCAAGCAUAUAGAUUUCACGUCGGAGAACACCUCGGUGUCUAGCAUAUAGAUUUCACGUCAGAGAACGGCUCAGUGUCAAGCAUAUAGAUUUCACGUCAGAGAACGGCUCAGUGUCAAGCAUAUAGAUUUAAUGUUGGAGAACAACUCGGUGUCAAGCAUAUAGAUUUCAAGUCAGAAACGUUUCAGUUUUGCGCAUACAGAUUUAACGUUGGAGAACGUCUCGGUGUCAAGCAUAUAGACUUCACGUCUGAGAACAGCUCAGUGUCUAGCAUACAGUUUUCAAGUCGGAGAACAACUCGGUGUCAAGCAUAUAGAUUUCAAGUCGGAAACGUCUCAGUUUUGAGCAUACAGAUUUAACGUUGGAGAACGUCUCGGUGUCAAGCAUAUAGAUUUCACGUCUGAGAACGGCUCAGUGUCUAGCAAAGAGAUUUCACGUCGGAGAACAACUUGGUGUCAAGUAUAUAGAUUUCAAGUCGGAAACGGCUCAGUUUUGAGCAUACAGAUUUAACGUUGGAGAACGUCUCAGUGUCAGCAUACAGAUUUCACGUCAGAGAACAACUCGGUGUCUAGCAUACAGAUUUCACGUCUGAGAACAACUCGGUGUCUAGCAUCAGAUUUCACGUCGGAGAACCGCUCCGUGUCUAUAAUAGUAUACAAAUUUCAUGUCCCAGAACAGCUCGGUGUCCGACUGGAACUGAAGUUGAAUGUAGUAGAAUAGAGAUUACUUCAAACCAAUCUGCCUCAGAUUUAAAUGGGUUACAAGUUUGCUUGAAAUACAUUUUUGUAACUCUUAAAAAAAUCACUGUGUCAGUAAGUGAUGGAAACUGUUGAUAAAUCUUUAUCACAACGAAAAUCCAUUACGGCGGCAUUCAGUUAUGUGGUUUGGGAUUCUGUUUGUUUUUAUUACUUUUGUCAUAUGGCUUAAAAUUUGUUGAGUUGGCAGGAACAGGAGAGUUGGUCGGAAAGUCUGAAACACCAUUUCUUAGAUGUGAAUGCAUCAAAUUUAUGUUGUGAUGGUCAACAGAAAUAUGUUGUUAAGCAUGGUCUGGUUCAAAGUAAAAGAAAAAUUGUGUUUAAUAAUUUAAAAAAUAUUGUGUAAAGACUUUGUGUACCGAUACAGAAGAAGUAUCAGUAUUAAUUUACUUAUCAUUGGAAUAGAAAAUACAAAUUGGAGAAGUUUUGGAAAGAUAGAUAACAAAACCAUAUUUGUGAAUCACUUAAUUGCUACUAUGGUACCUUAAAGCUGCAAACUUUCACAGAUACAUAAGGCUGCAGUUUGUGAGGUUAUAAUUUCAGCCACCAUUGGUACACUUUGUGAUACUGACCUCCAAUAUUGUGUUCAGUGAUGGUGGACAUUGUGUUUAAACCUUAUAGAAUAUUCCUUCAAUUAUUUGAAGAAAUGGUCAUUUGAAUUCAAAAUAACUUUUAUUAUAUCAUUUUCUCAUUACUAUCGCGAUUGAAUAAGAAACAUUUAACAUCUGUGUUAAAUUCAAGGAUGCAGAAAAUUCCUUCAUGAAUUAGAACGGUGAAAAAUAUAUUGUUUCAUGCAGCAUUGAGAAACUUGUUACCAAAAAUAAGGAAUCGAAAAAUAGAAGAAAUAAAGUGCUGAUGUCAAACUUUAUUCAUUUUACAACAGUUUAAUAUGCAACAAGUUUUUUCAACUGAUAAUAAUAUCUCUUGCUUGCCCGGAUGUUUGCACACGGAGGUUCUAAUGGUGGAAGAAAACCGGAGUACCUUGAGAAAACCCUCGUGUCAUGCUGAUGUCAGUGAAAGUGUGCCUACACGCAAUAGGAAUGCACUUAGCAGGUGUGUUAAUAUGACAGUAGUCCGAAUUAUUCUGACGUUUUAUCGACUUUUUUUAUAUCGGUCUGUCGUCGAUUCAUGUGCGACAUGUGUGUGAAAGUGACAAUUUGUUUCUGAAAUAUCAGUUAGAAGUGCGACCCUGGCGUGGGUCGCUUAUUUCCCGCAUAUUAUAGAGGGCCGGAGUUCUGAUGUUAAUCGACGACAGACCGAUAUAAAAAAGUUGAUAAAACGUCAGAAUAAUUCGGACUAAUAUGACAGGUACAAUUGUAUGAAUUAUUUGUCAGUUAUCAGUUACAAAACAUUUCAAAAUACGUUGAAUUGAUAAAAAAAACGAAUUGAUAUGGAAUUGGAGAAAGAAAAGCAUGACUUCAAUUGUUAUGUUUUAUACUUAAGAUGUCAUGUAAUGUUACCAUCAUUCAGCUGCUGUAGCAGACAUUAAGACAUUCAUUCUACUACCACUUUGAAUUACAUAGGGUAGUCUCUUUCAUUAUUGAAGCAAGUCAAAUGUUACCUUUGAAAUUGCCAGAAUUUAUACCAAGUUAUAAGGUGUAUAUUUAGAGCAUUUGAUAAGUAAACAUUUAUUUUGCAUGAUUUUAUUAGUCUUCUCAAAAGUACAUACCAUUUGCAAAGUACAUGAAUUUGAGAAUUGUUUUGAAAUUAUGAAAUUUGCGAAAUUAAUUCCCUUGUGAAAAUAGCAACUUUGCAGAAAUAUGCACAUUAUGUUGGUUGUAUGGCAAGAACAGUAGAGAGCAUGACUACAAGGUUAGAUUAAGUUUCCCUUAUAUUUGUCGUACAUUUUAAAUGUUUUAAUUGGUGAUUCUACGUCCGGUGAGGUACAUAACAACAAUAGAUGCAUGUGUAAAUUUCAUUUGAUGAGUGUAUGAUGGUGUAUAAAAUGGCUGUGAGAGAGAAAGAAAGUUUUACGAACAAGCAUGACAUCUAAUGUCUGGCUCACUUGAUUUAAAUUUUUGACAUUUAUCUGGUUUUUACAGUUCAUACAUCGUUUAUAGUAGUUGUGGAGUCAACCUAAGAAAACAGUCAAAUCUGAUAAAAAUCACAUUUGAUUUUUUUCCCCUCAUAAACAGUAAAAAUAAACAUAUAACGACAGUAAGUAUGAGGACAAAUACAUUUAGGCUACUGUAGUACAGAAGUCAUUUAACAUGAAUAACAAUGUAAGUUUUCAAAAAGAGGGGUUGCAUAGGGCAAAGGCUUUGCCUGUUAUCUGAUUCUUUUCAUAUUGGAGAUCUACAGUAAAAUGGUGAAAAAAAGAGUACUAGAAACCUGGAAAUUUAUUAUCACAGCGAAUAUACCAGGUAGUUAGAAAACAUAAUACACAAAGUAAUUUUUUGUGAAGUUUAUAGUGGGUGAAAAUUGGGUUUAUUAAAGAUACUGUGGGAAUAUUUCCCGGUACAGUAUUCGUAUUAAAUUUCAAUAACCUUCUGCGCAAUACGACUGUAAAAAUUAAAGGAUGAAGAACUGUAAAAAAUCUGUGCAUUUUCUUCUUCACAUUUUCAAAAUUUUGAGAUGUACACCGUUCUGUUAAAUUGAAGUGUGGAAGUACAAAAAUGUACAAUGUUUUUCAUGUAAUACUGAUUCAUACUUCAGACAUAUGGUCACUGUUGAUAUGUCACACUGAUUCGUACUUCAGACAUACGG